GAGAAACAUCAGCCGCGCUCCACAGCAUCGCCUCGAGGAUGAUGGCCGGGUCUCCUGCACUGCUCCUCCUGCUCAGCCUGGGGCUCUGCUUCACCGGUGCCCAAGGACAGGGGAACACGAUGGCAGUCAGUUUCCUCAACGGGAGUAUGAAGCACCCCCAGGAAGGGCAGCGGCUAGAGCUCAAGUGCCAUACAUACAAAACCUCCUGGGGAGUCUCCUGGAUCCGCCUGGACAAGGAUGGCAACCUUCACUUCAUUGUCUACAUUUCCAAGUCUUCCCGGACCACUUUCCCAGGGAACAAGAGAGCAUCUUCACAAUUUGAGGUGUCAAAACAAGGCAGCUCCUAUCGGCUGGUGGUGAAAUCCUUCAGGGCACGGGACCAGGGGACCUAUUUCUGCAUUGCCCACGUUAACCAGGUGCUGCACUUCAGCUCGGGACAACCCGCCUUCUUCCCAGUCACAACAACAACAGCAGCACCCACCACACUCACUGCCACCACCCAGAGCAGCCAGGUCACCAUGAAGGACAUCUCCCGGCACAGCCCGGAUCCAGGAAGAAGCAAGGAGAACAUGCCCAAUUUCUGCUGUAAAUUAGUCAUGUGGGUUAACCUGGCUUGUGCCUGCCUCCUGCUGCUCAUUGCCAUAACCAUCACCAUCACGCACUGCCAAAAUCAGACGUUCCCAUGCUAACAGCAGGAAGCAUCAGCAGUGCUGUAAUGGACACAGCCACGCGUCACACACGCUCACCACAAGCCCAUCCCUUGCAGGACCAAGCUCACCGUAAGCAAGCAGUGCUGCGUCGCUGCUCAGCAGAAGGCACACAGGCGUCCUCCUCAAGCACCGCACGGAGCCCAUCAGCAACACACACAGCUGCCCUGAUGCUGCGCGGGCAUUUGGCUGCUCCUCCUGUGCUGCCCACCAGCACUGCACACCUCCCGCGGCCUGACGUGCUCCUGCCCCACACUGCUGGGACACACCCAGACCGCGGGGGACAGCGCUGACCCUAAGAAGCCGGGCAGCUCCGUGCCGCUAUGGAAAAGUGCUGUGUGCUGUGCUGGACAGCUGAACCUUCCACGAGAUGACCAAUAAACCCCUCAUAUACAAAACUCA